GUCCUAUACACCCAAAUCCCACCCCAAAUUUGGGAUUUGGGUGUAAGGUUGGAGAUGGAUGGCCUUCAGUGGAGCUUGUCUUCGUUUCCGAUCUCAAGAGUAGAAACGGAGGUUUAGAGGGAGGGAUGUGGUCCAUCGCGGUGAGCAUAGGGGUGCUGCUGCCCUUCCCCUUCUACUAUGUUCUUUGGCUCUGGCCUCAGCUGUGGGUGGAGCUCUGCGGCAAUGGAGUUGAUCCCUCGCAUCUAAUGGCCCAGGUCUCUCAUGCCCUCAAAGUUAUCCAGUUUAUCUCACUCUUCUCCGUUUCCAGCUUCUCAUGGCCUCCUUGGUAUUGCUGGCUCCUCUUCAUCGUUGGCCAGUAUCUAAACUUCAAGGUUUAUCAACUGCUAGGUGAGUCAGGAACUUACUAUGGCGUGCGUUUUGGAAAGGAAAUUCCAUGGGUAACAGAGUUUCCGUUUGGCUAUAUAAAGGACCCGCAAUACAUAGGAAGCAUUCUUAGCUUGUUGGCAUGUUUAUGUUGGGCUCCAUUCACAUAUGUGUUUCUCUGGAUUCUCGGUUAUCUGUUUAUCAUGAAGGUGGAGUCCCAGGAAGAUCCAACAACUCGUGCGAAGCACUGUUGACCCAAUGAAAGGGUUGAAACUGCCGAAUCAAUCACAUUUAGGAGACUGAUUUGUUCUUUCAUUUGUCAAAUUUUUCGUUGGUGUUAAUUUAUUUCCGCAAUGGCUAAUAAAUUGCCUUAAUGUCAUUGAGAACUCAGGUAUGUUAACAAGUGACAAACUUUCUUUCGGUGUA